AGAACUUGGGUAAAUGUGCUUAUAAUCAAUCACUGCAGAUGACAAUAUAAAAACAAUAAAAUGUAAAUUUCCCAACCUUUCUUCUGUAUCUUUUGCAAGUAUUUUGCUGGCUCUUCACCUUUCUCCUCCAGCGUGAGUUGUACUUCUGCGCCAUUCUAUUUUUUUUAAAUAUAUGUAGCUCCAACUGUAUCAUACACAGACACACACACACACACACAAAUAUAGAAGAUGCUCUUCUUUGAUGAUGGCGGUAUAGACAGUGCAGACUAAUACACAGUGUUAAAUAGUGUUACACUUACCCCCCCUACUAUCAAAUAUAUCAGUAAUGGAUGAGCAAUAUUGACUGGUGUCGGGGGCUGCAGGGAAAAUAACCUGUGGUUGACAGAAAAAAAGGUACAGAUAGUUCAUAAAAGGGCACAAAAUAUAUGAAAUUUAUUCAGACUGAAAAGGGUCACAUUAAAUGAAUAAUUAUACACUCGUGCAACCUUUCCUAUUAAAUAGAAAUUGAUUAACAUAAAGUUAACUAAAUUAUGAUCAUAAUGAAAAUGAUCGCAGUUGUAACAUUCAUUAGCUGGUACAGAAUGCACAAGUGAAAACUCUUGGCAUGUGACAAUCACUUAUUAAUUUUACUAACCAUUUCAUUAUUAGGGUUUCGUAAGGUUAUUGUAGUAAAUGAAAACAAAAUUAUAUGACACUGAAAUAAUGUGUAAGAACUAUUUCAGUUAACUGAAAUAAAAAUAAAACUUGAUUUUUUAAAAUGUAAAAACAAAAAAUCAAAUCCUAAAAGAUAAUGUCUUGUACAUUUACAAAGCUUAAUUACAAAGAAAACACAAGUAAGUUUAUUAUAUUAUUAAAAAGUCGCUGUAUCCACUCACCGCUUAUAGAUGCUGCACCGGCACUUUUUUUUUUUUUUUUUUUUGAGCUUCAGUUGGCGCAAAAACACUGUGAACCUUGAACCUUGUAGAUGAUGCAGCCCCAACGUCAGCAUUAGAAGAGAGCGCCAUCAGUCACAAAUGCUGCAUCGUCAUUGGUUAAUUCACAUUGGAGGGGCGCUGCUGAAUCAACGAGGUUAAGGCGGCAAGGCGCGCGUUAGUUAACGUAUGGAGUUGCGGGCAUGGAGGAAAAAACAGUUGCAGGACUCAAAAGAAGAAUGAGUGCAGAAGGAACUAAUACAAAACUGCCCAGAAGAGCGCGAAACCCUCCGAAAAAGAUGAGUUUGUAUGAACCAGACCCCAGCUCCCCCAGAGAUAACCAAGAUGGACUUUUUGUAUUUUUGACCUUUGAAGAUGGAUACACAGCAAAGAUUUUUAAUCUCUGUGAUAUACUAAACAAAGAUGAUAAACCCAUCGCUUGCUUUAGAGAUCUGACACCAGGAGAAGAAGUACUUGCAAGAUGGUCUGACAAUAAGUUCUACAAAGCUACAGUAGACUUCACUGGAACAGCUGACAAAACGGUGGAUACCAAGAAGGCGACAAAGAAGGACAUGAAAAAAAGAGAUGCAGCUGCACAAAGAUUCUACAACCUUCCAUCCCUACCUCAAGCAGGCCAGUCCACCUCUGCACAGGAUCACCUAAAUACUGUGGACCAAAAUGUCAUUCAGCCUCCAACAACCUGGCCAGUGUACCAGCCUCCACCUACAGGGUCAUUUCUACCUGUCCAGCCACAGCACCAGCAUGCAACUGCCUGGCCACAGUACCAACUUCCAGUUUCCCAAUCAUCACCAAAUACGCCACAACAUUACCAGCAUUCAACAUUCCAGUCGCUCAACCAGUAUCGAACUACUCUGUCUGCAAUUCCACACAAUUCCAGCCUUUCGCAGUAUUCCAAGCAUCACCAGCCUCACACAGCACUACCCACACCUUCAGACCAAACACAACAGCAGCCUGUUUUGGCAGAUUUGGAUCAGCGAAGACAGCCACCAGCUCCUACAGCCAAAGAAAGCUUCCUCAAAAUGUUGUACAGUCCUAAUACACAUCAAAAACCUGCUGUUCUUGGGGACCAGAGCCAGACAAGCACCUCUGAACAUGAGACUUCAAGCUCAUCUGCAGAUGCUUUAAUCAUCGAGCGUGAUCCAAUUCCAGAAAGAGAACCAUGUUUCAUUUCGCCUGAGUCAGCAGAAGACAGAUCAUGGAAGCCAUGCGAAGCAUGCAAGACAGAGGUGGAAAAAUUAGUGGAGGAAAAGGCCAAACUGCAUGAUGUGCUGUGUGGUAUAAGUGGUGAGCACCUCGAGGCAUUCAGAAGUUUCCUGGACAAAGUGGAACAGAUCCAACCUCAGGCUGGUGUUUGGGCUCCAAAAGGCAGAUCUCGGCAGCAGGAGCUAUAUCCAGGAAGUGGCCUCUUCUUGUCCUCGACUCACCUGGCUGCAAUCCAUGCAACCGCAAAGAAGGACUGCCUUCGCUUGUUCCAUCUUCUUUUUGAUGAAUUCUUUACUGCAGAGGAGUGCCAGAAUGCUGUGGCAUUUGGGAAACAUGGAAAGGUGCCAGAUGGGAAGAGAGUCCUGGAUAAGUUCAAAGUCAAUGCAAUUCUAACUUAUGUCAUGCGCUGUAGUACACUGGAUGGUUGGACACCGGUUGAAAAAAGUAAGGUCAAGAAAGCCUUCAUAAACAAAUGCCGCAUCAGGGCCACAACACUGUAAAUAUUGGAUGGGGCACACAGAGACAUUUGUUGAAAUGACAAUGUUCACAAAAAGUACUUGUUUUCAAAUUAUGUAUAUUGGCGUCAGAGACUCAAGUUUAUUGUUGUGAAUUGUUGUAAACCUGGCCUGCCACUGCUCAUAACAUUGUUAAAAUUGUUGCUGUUUUAAAAACAGAAUAAAAAAAAAAAAAAAAGCACUUUAGUUCAUAUUUUGUAAUGACCAUGUUUAAACAGUUUUUGCUGUCUUCAAAAUGUCUUUAAAUUUGUUAAGGUUAUUUUGAUAUAAAUAAAGAUUCAAAUUCAAAUUUCUUUAUUUCUUUAUUACAUCAGCUAAUCUGCCA